AGAAGAAAAUUACACGUUUGGGUAUGUCCUGUACAAAGACAAAAAGAAGAAAGGUUCCGAGACAACGAAGCAAGUGAGAGUUGAGAAUGAGUUGUAGAAAAAUACACCGAGUAAUGUCAUAGCUGAUACUCAAAAAGCUUCUGAGACUAUUGCUGAGGAACUAGAGGUGGAGUAAGUGUUGAGAAGAUCAACCCGAACUUAUCAAAGUAUCAUAUAGGUAUGUACCUUUAUUGCACUAUUUGUUGCUGACUGAUGAAAGGGAACCAGAGUCCUUUGAUGAUAUGCUGAAAUUGAAUGAUACAACUAAGUGGGAGCAAACCAUAAAGAUGAGAUGAGUUAGAUGUCUAAGCUUCAGAAUUGCUCUUUAUCAACUGAGAUGGAUGGAGUACAUGGCAAUAGCACACGAGGAGAUCUCCUCAUUUGAUGCUAUAGUUUAUUACACGGUAUACGCUUCUCAAGAAACCCAGAAUCCGAGCGCCUCUGAUGAUGAAAUUUCGAAAAAUCCCGAUGGGAAAUCAGGUUCCUCGUCCAAAAGCUCCGUUUGUGUCAAUCCCAGAACCCCCAGAGCUUCGAAACUUCGGAAGCAAUCUUACGAGGCCAGGUGUUUUGGAAGUGCCGAGAUAUGGAGGGUGCAGAUAAACUGUUCGACGAAAUGCUUAACAGAGGAGCUAAGCCUGACGUGCUGGUGAUGUUGGCUUGGCUUUCAGCUUCCAUGAUCGUGCAAGAACAGAAAACUGGCGUAUCAAUCCUGCAACAUUCUUGACAUUGAUUAAAAUUCAUGAAGUGGCUGGGAACUAUGAUGGGUGCUUGAAUUGUGUAUGAAGAAAUGAAGGCUAUAGGCAUCAAGCCGAAUUUGGUUAUACAUGCUAUGGGUAGGGCUAAAAGACCAUGGAAGAUCAAGACCCUCUACAAAGAGAUGAUUAAAAAUGGACUUUUGCCAAGUUGGACAUCUUAUGCUUCUCUUUUACAAGCCUAUGGGGGAGCCAGAUACGGUGAGGAGGCUCUCCUUGUGUACAAGGAGAUGAAGGAAAAGGAACUGCAGCGGAAUGUUAUUCUCUACCAUAUACUUUUAGCUAUGUGUGAUGUGAGUCACACUCGCAUUCUUACAGUAGCAGAACAAGCCCAGAGAAUAAGUCAACUGUGAGAAAUUCAUGCUUCGUGGACAACGUCAGCCUAUGCUUGAGGCUCAAGUCACGUUUGUGAGAAUUGUUUUAGAAAACAUGAGUGAGGAAUACAUUUGA